AUGGCGGCGGCGAGGAUAGGCGAUGGGAGAGUCGCAAUUCAGGUCGCCGUGGCCGACAGCUACCACGUGAGCGGCGGCCCCUUCUGCUGCUUCGUGAGAGUGGCUCCAGUCGAAUCGCAGUGGUCAGACGACGACACGCCCGUCUCAGUCGACUUCAUAUCGUUGAAUGUGUACGGACUGGUCUCCUUUGGCAGCCGGUUGCUGGCGCCGUCGAAGAUCCAGAACAGCCUGCACUUCGGUUUUCUCAAGGAAGCUCGCAGAAGGUUGAAGCCUAAUGAGGGGGCUCACCUGAUCUGCGCCUCCGACGCCGUGCUGUUCCACACAUGCACGGAAAUCAAACGGACGUCGCCCGAAUCGUACUGUAGGUCCACGCCACAUCCCACUGACAGCGGCGCAGACAGGUAUACCUGCACGAUACCACCCUUCGUGCCGCCAACCGUCGACGGCGAAAACGUAUCGUGCAACUACUUCGUCGAUGUGACAGUCCAGCACAGCUCAAACCGCCUGUCUCUGCAGCGAGAAACGCUCCGCCGCCGGCUUGAGUUCCGCGUGCAGGGGUCGAUUUACCCCGGCGUGCCGACUCUUGACGAUGCGUUAUACCCGUUCCUGCCAAAAAAAGGGGGAUACAGGCUCGAUGGUGGACGGGUGGACGAGGCGGUCCUGCCCCGGGUGUGCCGGGACAUCACCAGCGGAGACUAUGGGCGCGAAAACAUGUUCUUCGACUAUGACUCGACGCUCGUUCGUCUAGAGGCGGAGUCGCCAGCCGUGGAAAUAACGGCGGACCGGUCAACCGACGCUUCUUUGCUGUCGAGGGACCUCAACGCCUUUUGGCACGUCUGGGACACCAUGAACGGAUCGGGCUUUUUGCAUGAACCCGAGGAAUCGUACGUGCUGCGCAGGUAUAACCGGUUUGUGGAGCAGUUCACGGAGCUUGUGUUGAACGACGCCACCGGAAAGGAGCUGGAGAAGUACCGCCCCUGGUUCGGCAGCAUGCUGCAAGUCAUGCAGCCAUCGGGCGACCAGGGGCCUGCCGGAGGCGGCCGCCAUGAGGCGCUCAGAAAAUUCUAUAAGGUUGUGGAGGAGCGCAUCGCACAGUUACAGGGCACCACUAUGGACAACCUGCGCCAUGCGGCAGGCGACUCUUUGGAAAUGCAGUACGAGCAGGCAGUGGACGGUAAGGUGGUGGUUCAAUGGCGACAUUUGUGUCAACAGGUUCGAAUAAAGUGA